CGCCCUCCACAUAUCCACGAAAAUGCCGCUCGGACCCCCCACCUCCGCAAUCUACCUCCAAAACACCGCGCCGGGUUUCACGGUCGCACCCGGGCGCACCCCGACAUCGGUGACCGUCCACCCGGUCGCUCUCUUCUCGAUUCUCGACCACUUCUUGCGAAGAAAUGACACGCAGGAGCGCGUGAUUGGGACGCUGCUUGGGACGCGCUCGGAGAACGGCGAGGUCGAGGUGCGCUCGUCGUUCGCGGUCCUCCAUAGCGAGACGGAGGAGCAGGUCGCGGUGGACAUGGAGUACCACCGCACGAUGUACGACCUCCACCACAAGGUCAGCCCGAAGGAGGUCAUUGUCGGCUGGUACUCGACCGGAUCGAACCUGAACACAUACUCGGCGCUCAUCCAAAACUUCUACACGCAAGAGACCACGCCGCACCAAGCUAUCCACCUAGCCGUUAACACUGGUGUCGAGGAAGGACAACAGGCUGGUGUCAAGGCUUUCGUAGGAUCGCCCGUUGGUGUUAACCCGAAGCCCGAGAACUGUGUAUUUGUACCGAUUCCUUGCGAGCUCCGUUUCAACGACGCCGAGCGCAGUGGUCUCGACCUCCUCACCUCCAUCCCCGCAAACCCCGCCAAUGCCACCUUCACCAACCCCGCAAGCGACCUCGAGCUCCUCGAGCGUUCCCUCCAGGAAGUAUCCGACAUGCUUGACCGCGUCCUCGCGUAUGUGCAGUCCGUCCUGUCCGGUGCGGUGAAAGGGGAUGCCGCCGUUGGGCGGUACCUCAUGGACGCGCUGGGACCGAGCACGGAGGACCUCGAAAAGGGCGAGUUCAACUCGCACCUCCAGGAUACCCUCAUGGUCUCCUACCUCGCGAACCUCGUCCGUUCGCAAGCAGAAGUAUCGGCGCGGCUCGCGCUGGUGAGGGCGUCAUAG